GUCCCCUUGCUGACGCUUGACGUCAUGCCGUCAUCGGACGGAGGCGUAGGAAACAAACAUGGCUGCCCCCUAAGAGUCGAGACGUUUCUCUCAGUUUUAAACGUUUUAUAUUUACUUCUGAACGAUAAUAUAUACCAUGGAUAAGGUAGAGGAAACGGUGCCAUCUGCUGAGGAAAAAGAGGAGGAGGAGGAGGAGGAAGAAGAGAUCGAGGAAGAGGAGAAAGAAGGAAAAGAUGGUGCUGGAGGUGAUAAGGAAGAAGAAGAUGGGGAUGAUGAAGAACAGGAAGGCAGAGAUGAAACGGAAAAGAAAGAAGAAGCCGUGCCACAGGCCUCGGAUACAGUUGAGAAAACCAUUCCAUUGCCUGCUCAACCCCCCAAAAAAGAGAAAAAGCAGAAUGAGGGCCUGAACCUCAACAAUGAGGUGGUGAGGAUGAGGAAGGAGGUGAAGAGAGUGAGGGCUUUGGUCAUCCGGAAGCUGACACGACAGAUGAGUACCCUGAAGAAGAAGAAAGGGACGGAUGUGGAAAUUGAGAGGAAUCAGAGGAGAGCCGCCAGACUGCUGGACGAGAUCCACGCCAUGAAGGUCCUCUCACCAGACCUGGUGACCAAGACAGCCUUGCAAAAGAAUCUCAACUUUGAACAGGUGUGUAAAAACCCCAAGUCGACUAUUUCCGACCGGGCCACAGCGCGGAUCGCCACCCACCCUCAGUUCAGCAAGAAGAUUGAGAACAUCAAAGCUGCCGUGCAGGCCUUCAAAGCAGAGCGGAUGAACGGGGGGAAGCAGCGGGGGAAGGACAACGUGCAAAAUAAAGCUGGGAAGGGGACUCCGCAGUCAGCAGAGAAAAAGGUAGAGGGAAAGAGUGAGAAAGAGGAGGACAUUUCAGGUAAAGAAAAGGAAAUCGUAGACCACGAGGAAGGAGAUGGUACUCUUAAAGACACUAAAGAUGCAACCGUUGCUGAACCUGAAAAGGAAACGGUAAAAGCAACUCCUCCAGCUGAGGACGCCGACGGUCCAAGGAAAGCAGUGCCGGAGUCCACGAAUGUAAGACCAGCCUUGUUGAAAAGUAGCGAAGGAAAGGACAGCGUCAAAACUAAACCUCAAAGUAGAGGUGCAGAAAGGAAACCUGAUCUUACGUCGGCACCCGAGGUGCUUGAGAAAAAGAAGGCUGAGGAAGAGAGUGAUGUAGAGUCCUCAGAAGAUGAAGAGAAAGAGUACUUUGAUGACAGCACAGAGGAACGUUUCAACAAGCAGUCCUCCCAGUCCGAGGAGAGCGACGACGACGGCGGCUUCUUUGUUGGGAAAGUGAGCAAAUACAAGAAGAAGAAGAAGCAGAAAAGUGUAGAGGAGGAGAAGGCCGACAAGGGGCGAGAAGUGAAAAGAUCAGACCAGGUCCGGAGUGAACUGGAUGAGCUGGAGUCCCGGCUGAAGUCCAAAGCGACCUCGCUUCAGUCCGUUUUCUGUUCGUCCCUCUCGAAACCUGGCGGGGGCAGAGGCGCAGGCAGAGGGAGAGGUGGAGAUAGAUUUAGGGGCCGAGGGACACCAAGGGGUGGGAGUGGUCAAAACAGAGAUUUGAGUAAACAAUCCAAGUUCCAAAAGCAAGAGAAAGGAGCAGAAAGGAAUUCAGAGUCAAAGUACAGCAAGGAGAAGGGCUUUCCCUCUGUCGGCAGAGGGAGGGGGCGAGGCAGAGGUGACGGUGCAAGGCAAAGUGAUCGCAGGGGUGGGGGUGUCUUUUCCCAGCAGGCACCACAGCAGGCACUGCAUCCGUCCUGGGAGGCCAGUAAGAAAAGGAAGGAGCAGCAAGGACAAAUCCUGGCUUUCCAGGGAAAGAAGAUCAAGUUUGACGAUGAUGACUGAAAGAGUUUUUUUUUUUUUUUUUUUUGUGUGUGUGUUUAAUUAAUGCUGAAUACACACCUUGGGUCGAGUGUCUUACACGCCAUAUUAUUUGGGUUAUCUGGCCCACUAGGGAUGUGUAAAGGUUGUCACUUAUUCUGUGUAGUUCAGCGAUGAUGUGUUCCUGUGUAAACUGCUUUUUCACCAUUAUGGCUGGUAAAAGACCACAAACCUGGAGGUUUUUGUACAAAACAUCAAGAGAAAUGUGUUGUUGAACUAUUUUUUUUAUUCCUGAACAUGAUUUAAUUCUAAAUUGGGACACAGUUUUCAUAAAAUAGGUUUACCAGUUAACAACAGUUUGAGGAAAAACUCAUUUGUAAAAAUGACAGUCCUGCGAGAAACGUGUAGGUGGGGAUUUUGGAAGUAAUAUUGUUAGUUUUUGUUUAUUUUUUUAUAUUUAUAAACCUGUACGCAAUUUCACUGCUUUGUCCAAAAUGGUAAUUGGGGCCCCGUGUUUAUAUAGUACACCAUGUCUGAAAUUGAUGUGUGAUGAUACACAUGAUUAUCUUUAGCAGCAAGAUCUUUAACCGAAUAACUUCUUCCUGUUUUUGGUACUUGUCCCUCACCAAUGUAUGUGUUUUAACAGCAUGCAGUUUAUAUACUAUUAUAGUUUAAUGUACUUAGCUGUCUUAUUUUUUUCCCAAGAAAACUUCAUUUCAUGUUCAAUGUAAUUUUAAAUGUCAUUUCUGUCAUAAAAAAAGAAAUGCAACACAUAAAGGCUAAGUAA